GCAAGAAGCAGCAGUAGCAGCUGUCAUGUGAAUCAGCUGGACGAACAAGGAAGGGGAUAAACAACAACACGGCUCCGUCUUUCUAAAUCAAGGUUCUAGCUGGUGAGAUUGCAGGAUGGCGGGAGCAGAGGUGUACACCCCUGCGAACCCCACCUGCAAGAUUAUGACCUUCAGGCCCACCAUGGAAGAGUUCAAGGACUUCAACCAGUACCUGGUGUAUAUGGAGUCUCAGGGCGCGCACAGAGCGGGUUUGGCUAAGGUAAUCCCCCCGAAAGGCUGGAAGCCGCGCCGCACCUACGAUGACAUCGAUGAUUUGAUGAUCGAUGCGCCCAUACAGCAGAUGGUGGCCGGCCAGUCGGGGCUCUUCACUCAGUACAACAUCCAGAAGAAGCCUCUCAGUGUGCAGGAGUUCAGGCGUUUGGCAAACAGUGACAUGUACUGUACUCCUCGCUAUCUGAAUUACGAAGACCUUGAGAGGAAAUACUGGAAGAACCUCACCUUCGUCUCACCCAUAUAUGGAGCAGAUGUCAGUGGGAGUCUCUAUGAUGAGGAUGUGGAGGAGUGGAACAUCGGCCACCUGAACUCCAUCCUGGAUGUCAUCGAGGAGGACUGCGGCGUUUCCAUACAGGGGGUCAACACUCCGUAUCUGUACUUUGGGAUGUGGAAGACCACCUUCUCCUGGCACACUGAAGACAUGGACCUGUACAGCAUCAACUACCUUCACUUCGGAGAGCCCAAGUCCUGGUAUGCCAUCCCCCCUGAGCACGGGAAGAGACUGGAGCGUCUGGCCACAGGUUUUUUCCCCAAUAGCUUCAAGGGUUGUGAAGCUUUUCUUCGUCACAAGAUGACACUAAUCUCCCCUUCCAUACUGAAGAAGUAUGGCAUCCCCUUUGAUAAGAUUACUCAGGAAGCUGGAGAGUUCAUGAUCACCUUCCCUUAUGGCUACCACGCUGGGUUCAAUCACGGCUUCAACUGUGCAGAAUCCACCAACUUUGCCACCGUGCGCUGGAUAGACUAUGGAAAGGUGGCCACACAGUGCACGUGUAGCAAAGACAUGGUGAAGAUAUCCAUGGAGCCCUUUGUGAAGCGUUUCCAGCCUGACCGCUAUCCCAACUGGAUGCUGGGCAAAGAUCUGACGCCCAUUGAUCACACUCACGCCACUCCCAGCACAACGCCGGAGCUGCAGAGCUGGCUGCAGCGGCGCCGGAAGACCAAGUCUGCCACGAAAGGCGGGAGCCACUCCCGCAUGCGCUCCAAACGCCUCAGAACCACAGAGGAGCCCGUCGGCCUGGACGGCAGCUCGACACUGAACACCAGCAAGAGGAAAGGUGUGGGUGGUCCGCCUGGUGCCAAGGUGCGGAGGUCGAUAUCAGGGACAGCUUGCAAGGAAGACAAAGAGAAGAAAAAGGAACAGGAGUCAAAGCACAACCUCAAUCAAACCUCCGCUCAGCUCCCCGGUGCUUGCAGACAGAUGUGUGUCGUCAAAGUAAAUCGAGUGGAGAGUCAGAAUUUGGGAUUUUCCCAAAAGGAGCCAUCACAUGAAUGUCAGUCAAGCUCCUCUGUGUCGCAAAUGGAGAAUGACCUCAAGGCAGAAACUCAAAUAGACCCUCAAGUACUCUCAGGGCCAGAGGUCACAGGCAGUACUCCUGACGGACUCACACCAAGGCCAGAGGCUCUGGAAAUUAACGAGCCAAGGAGUUGCUCCUCUGAACCACGAGACCUCUCAACUUGUAAAGACUGCUCGAUCAGGAUCCCUCCCCUGGAUGCCACAAAUCUCAACUCAUCCUCCCACACAAGUACUUCCUCCGAGACUGUCACGGGCUCGUGUCCCUCCGACUGUAAAGCUCAGAGAUUUAGUUCCUCCUGUAGAGGAGACACUUUACUUUCCGACGCUGGCGACGGCGCGGACGCAGCGGCGGAGAGCAACACUGACAAGACUGUGAAAACUGAGAAAAUGGACACAGUGGUUGAUCCAAAACAUAUCAAUCCUCACUCCACCGCAGAAGCACUUUAUGAUCUCAAAAGUGAGCCAGUAGAGGGGGGUAGUUUCACAUCGUGUAACUCGUUCUCCCCCGCACAACACAAUUGCAGUUUAGGGAAUAGUGGCAAAGAGGAAAUUCUUUUCCCUCCUUUCCUACAGAAAAAUGCCGUAGAAAUGCCACAGCUUACUCCUGAGCCGACCGACAAGGUGGGAAUUUGCCCUUUGCCGCCCGUACUGACCCAAGAGAUGCCCUCACUCACACCAGCUCACGACGGACUGGCCGACUUCCCCAAAUCAAAACUGAGCCAUCUUCAGAUUGCACCUGUGCUUCAGAGGGAAACGUCAGCCGGCUCUCCGUCCUCCCAUGAGGCCAAGCAGGAAGAGAGAGAGUCCGACUCAAUGGCUUCAACAGAAUCUGCCAACAACUGGCAUUUAGAUUCUCCGCUUCGAUGUGACGGGGCAGCGGUGUCCAGUUCAGAACAGAAUAAAACUCAUUUAACUGCCAGUGGUCCACACAAAAAAGCGUCUGGUGAUGCCCAAGAAACACUAAUAAUGUCUGCAGUUGCAGCAGAAAAGGAUUGCACUGCAGCUCUAGAGGAGCAGGAUCCUGUUUUACCAUACCCCAAAGACUCAAGCUCCAAAGACCCAGCUCAAACAAAUAGUACAUUCAGUCUUAACGGUGCUGGUUCACUGUGGACAAGUACUUCAGACAGUAAUGUUCCAGCCCCGGCCGCAGCAUCGUACCCCGAGAGUGAGAGCCACUCAACACUGCACCUCCCCCGUCAUGCUCCAUACUCCCCGUCCCAUCCCGCCUCCCAGGACACGUACGUGGAGUCCAAAACCUUCUCCAGCAGCAUCUGGAAAAACCUAAACUCCCCGAGUCCCGCUGUUCUGAUCCAGAGUCUGCAGCCCGAGCUUCCUAAUGACUUCACCCACGAUCCUCUCCCUUACACCAUGUGGACUGAGCCUCAAUGCAAAGAGGUUACAGACCUCGAAGAUCCAGAUCAGGACUUUCGCGAGUCUGGAGACCGGGACAAAGAGGGCGGGCCUCUCACCUGGGCUCAGCUCGAGCCCACCUCCCUGGUUUCAGUUGGUGCUAUCGAGCCGCUCGGGCUCGGUGGAGAUUAUGACAUGCAACGGGGUGAAAUGGACGGGACUGAAGCCAUGUCCCUGUGCAGGGAGCUGGGGAGGCAACGGGAAGCGGAGGAGAGUCCUCACUCAGUUCCUGCCGUUUCACCGCUCAGGAUAGCAGGGGAACAGGACAGGGCGUCUGAUAUGGAAGAAGGAGGAUCCGGUGGCGAGGAGGCAGAGCAGCAGCGCAGUGCCAAGGGAGACAUCAGUAGUGACUCAUCCGAUGAGGAGGAAGAAGAGGAGGAAAACGAUACAAAUAAUUAUGACUGUGAUGAAUCAGGCCUGGAACCUGGGGAGGUUUGUGCCUAUCCGGCCCUGUCAGCGAAGCGGACCAGUAAAAGCUGGCGUCACCCACUCAGGAAACCCACUGCAAGGGCUGUCCCCACUGCUGUGAAGCAACAGGCCACUAGUGAUGACGAGCCCCCUGAAGCAAGCCUGGCGGAGGAGGAAGAGGAGGAGGACGAGGAGGAGGGGCAGCACAUGGAGGCAUGGGCAAAGCCACUCAUCCACCUGUGGCAGAGCAGAAAGAGCUGCUUCCCGUCUGAGAAGGAGUACAACGCUCACGCAGCCACCAUGCAGCCAUACUGUGCUGUCUGCACACUCUUCAUGCCCUAUUAUCAGGCUGAAGACAAAACAGAAGACAACAAAGAAGUCACUGAGGGGGACACCUCCAAAUGCACCCCUCCGGGGGAGGGUCCUGCCCCUCCCUGUGGGCGGCUGAGGAGGACCAAGCCCCUGAUCCCCGAGAUUUGCUUCUCUUUCCGGGAGCAGAACUUCCCCCCGACCCCCACUCACCCCCUGCUGCAGGAAGAUGGCACCUCCCCUCUGCUCUACUGUCAGGGCUGCUGCCUGCAAGUUCAUGCAAGCUGCUAUGGUGUUGCCGCUGAUGCCGUCAGUGAGAACUGGUCGUGCGAUCGCUGCGCAGAAGAAAGCUUCACAGCAGAAUGCUGUCUCUGUAACCUCAGAGGUGGAGCUCUGAAGAAAACCCAAAACGACAAAUGGGCUCACGUGAUGUGUGCAGUGGCGUUGCCGGAGGCGAGGUUCGGCAAUGAAGCCAAGAGGAGUCCCAUCGACACCAGCAGAAUCCCCAUGCAGCGAUACAAACUGAAGUGCAUCUAUUGUCGUAAGCGCUACACGGGAAAGCGGCAGGCAGGGGCUUGUAUCCAGUGCUCAUGUGGCCGGUGUCCCACCUCCUUUCAUGUGACCUGUGCCCAUGCUGCCGGUGUAAUCAUGGAGCCUGAUGAUUGGCCGUAUGUCGUGGCAAUCACCUGUCAUAGACACCAGUCGCGGAGUUCAUCAGCUAAGCAGCAGGCGUGUCAAGCCUCCAUCUCUCUGGGCCAGACUGUGAUCUCCAAGCACAAGAAUCUGCGCUACUACAGCUCAAAGGUCACCCAGAUCAGCUCCCAGACGUUCUACGAGGUCAUGUUUGAUGAUGGCUCCUUCUCCAACGAUACCUACCCCGAGGACAUAGUGAGCAGAGACUGUGUAAACUCGGGCCCUCCUGAAGUGGGAGAAGCAGUCCAGGUGAAAUGGCCCGAUGGGCUGUUCUACGGUGCCAAAUACCUGGGAUCCAGCGUCUCCUACAUGUACCAGGUGGAGUUUGAAGACGGGUCUCAGGUUCUGGCGAAAAGGGAAGACGUCUAUACUUUAGACGAAGACCUGCCGAAAAAGGUGAAGCGCAGACUUUCGACGGCCUCCAGCAUGCGUUUCCAAGACGCCUUCUUCACCACGCAGGGGGAGAGGAAACGACAGCGAACACCAAAUUCACGCUUCCAGAAAGACUAUGUGGCCCUGCCAGGCCUCCGUACUACUGCCAAAAGCACAUGGGAGCAGCGCAGCCACAAAGGGAAAUGAAGUGACGGGGGAGGAUGAGUGACAAAUGAAUGCACUGGAUGAACGAUGAAUAUGUUAGGCUAUUUGUGUGUGUGUGUGUAAGUGUGUGUGUGUGUGUGUAAGUGUGUGUGUGUGUGUAUGUGUGUGUUUUCGGGGAGCUCACACGGCUCACUACAACCCCUGUGACUGAAAUCAAGGGAGUUUGAUUACGUGCGCUCGUACAGCCGGAGCGUAGUGAGGAUGAGGAGGAGGAGGAGGAGGAAAGCUGCCGUCGGACAGUCGGACUCACAGAGCGGGUUACCGGAGGGCAGCGAUGCCUCGGCGACCCGCCGCUUUCACAUCCGUCAGGGAAAAAAAAACAAAAAAAACAAAACAAAACGUGGCAAACGAUUGUCACAUCACCCUUUUUUGAAAUAAA